AUGAAACCUGUUCUGCCAGUAUCUCUGGAUUCGUUUCCUACCAGUACCCGCUACACUCCUGCCAGCCAGCAAAACAAUGGUGCACAUGUAAAGGAGAAGCACAGGGAACUGCCUCCAGUUCCAGAGACUGUGAUUCUGCCUAUCAGGAAAAACAGAGGGCUUUUGAAAGAAUCUCUUCAGGCUGCAUUCCAGGUGUGCCCUGACUGGGUGGGCUUGGAAGCAAGGGCAGGCAAUCUUGGUUGUGAAUAUUUUCUGAUUUUUCCAGAAAUCAAGCAGAAGAUUGAGCUGCUGAUGUCAGUUAACUCUGAGAAGUCGUCCUCUUCAGAAAGGCCGGAGCCUCAACAGAAAGCUCCUUUAGUUCCUCCUCCACCACCACCGCCACCUCCACCACCACCGCUGCCAGACCCCACACCCCCAGAGCCAGAGGAGGAGAUCCUGGGAUCAGAUGAUGAGGAACAAGAGGACCCUGCAGAUUACUGCAAAGGUGGCUAUCAUCCGGUGAAAAUUGGAGACCUCUUCAAUGGUCGGUAUCAUGUUAUUAGAAAGCUAGGAUGGGGGCACUUCUCCACUGUCUGGCUGUGCUGGGAUAUGCAAAUGACAGAAUGCUGUUGCUUCUGCUUUUGCUUUUCACUAAUUGCCAUAUUCCAGGAAAUGCAUCCACAAACAAUCCUUAACCAUGUCCCAGAUGUCUGCAUGGUCUUUGAAGUGCUUGGUCACCAUCUCCUCAAGUGGAUCAUCAAGUCCAACUAUCAAGGCCUCCCAGUGCGUUGUGUGAAGAGUAUCAUUCGACAGGUUCUUCAAGGGUUAGAUUAUCUACACAGUAAGUGCAAGAUUAUUCAUACUGACAUAAAGCCGGAAAACAUCUUGAUGUGUGUGGAUGAUGCAUAUGUGAGAAGAAUGGCAGCUGAAGCCACUGAGUGGCAGAAAGCAGGUGCUCCUCCUCCUUCAGGGUCUGCAGUGAGUACGGCUCCACAGCAAAAACCCAUAGGAAAAAUAUCUAAAAACAAGAAGAAAAAGCUGAAAAAGAAACAGAAGAGGCAGGCUGAGUUAUUAGAAAAACGCCUUCAGGAGAUAGAGGAAUUGGAGCGAGAAGCCGAAAGAAAAAUAAUAGAGGAAAACAUCACCUCCGCUGUACCUUCCAAUGAGCAAGAUGAUGAGUACUGCCCAGAGGUGAAACUAAAAGCGGCAGGAUUAGAGGAGGCAACCGAGGAAGAGACUGCUAAAGACGAUGGUGAAGCUGAGGACCAAGAAGAGAAAGAAGACACUGAGAAAGAAAACAUUGAGAAAGAUGAAGAUGAUGUUGAACAGGAGCUUGCGAAUAUAGACCCUACAUGGAUUGAGUCACCCAAAACCAAUGGCCACAUUGAGAAUGGUCCAUUCUUACUGGAACAGCAGCUGGAGGAUGAAGAGGAUGAUGAAGAUGACUGCCCAAAUCCUGAGGAAUAUAACCUUGAUGAGCCCAAUGCAGAAAGUGAUUACACAUAUAGCAGCUCCUACGAACAAUUCAAUGGUGAAUUGCCAAAUGGACAACAUAAGAUUCCGGAGUCGCAGUUUCCAGAGUUUUCCACUUCAUUGUUCUCUGGGCCCUUAGAACCUGUGGCCUGUGGCUCUGUGCUCUCUGAGGGAUCUCCACUUACUGAGCAAGAGGAAAGCAGUCCAUCGCAUGACAGAAGCAGGACAGUUUCAGCCUCUAGUACUGGGGAUUUGCCAAAAACAAAAACUCGGGCGGCUGACUUGUUGGUGAACCCCCUGGAUCCACGGAAUGCAGAUAAAAUUAGAGUAAAAAUUGCUGACCUGGGAAAUGCUUGUUGGGUGCAUAAACACUUCACAGAGGACAUCCAAACACGUCAGUAUAGAUCCAUAGAGGUUUUAAUAGGAGCCGGCUACAGUACACCUGCAGACAUUUGGAGUACAGCAUGCAUGGCAUUUGAGCUGGCAACAGGAGAUUAUUUGUUCGAACCACAUUCUGGGGAAGACUAUUCCAGAGAUGAAGACCACAUAGCCCACAUCAUAGAGCUGCUAGGCAGUAUCCCAAGGCACUUUGCUCUAUCUGGAAAAUAUUCUCGGGAAUUCUUCAAUCGCAGAGAUCACAUAGCAUUGAUCAUUGAACUGCUGGGGAAAGUCCCUCGAAAAUACGCUAUGUUGGGGAAAUAUUCCAAGGAGUUUUUCACCAGAAAAGGAGAACUGCGGCACAUCACCAAGCUGAAGCCCUGGAGCCUCUUUGAUGUACUUGUAGAAAAGUAUGGCUGGCCCCAUGAAGAUGCUGCACAGUUUACAGAUUUCCUGAUCCCGAUGUUAGAAAUGGUUCCUGAAAAACGAGCCUCAGCUGGCGAAUGCCUUCGACAUCCUUGGUUGAAUUCUUAGCAAAUUCUACAAAUAUAGCAUUCUGAGCUAGCAAAUGUUUUCCAGUACAUUGGACCCAAACGGUGACUCUCAUUCUUUAACAGGAUUACAAGUGAGCUGGCUUCAUCCUCAGACCUUUAUUUUGCUUUGAGGUACUGUUGUUUGACAUUUUGCUUUUUGUGCACUGUGAUCCUAGGGAAGGGUAGUCUUUGUCUUCAGCUAAGUAGUUUACUGACCAUUUUCUUCUGGAAACAAUAACAUGUCUCUAAGCAUUGUUUCUCGUGUUGUGUGACAUUCAAAUGUCAUUUUUUUGAACGAAAAAUACUUUCCCUUUUGUGUUUUGGCAGGUUUUGUAACUAUUUAUGAAGAAAUAUUUUAGCUGAGUACUAUAUAAUUUACAAUCUUAAGAAAUUAUCAAGUUGGAACCAAGAAAUAGCAAGGAAAUGUACAAUUUUAUCUUCUGGCAAAGGGACAUCAUUCCUGUAUUAUAGUGUAUGUAAAUGCACCCUUGUAAAUGUUACUUUCCAUUAAGUAUGGGAUGGGGACUCAAUUUUUCAGAAAAGCUACCAAGUCCUUAGUGCUUUGUAGCCCAAGUUGCAUGUAGCAGACUCACUGCUUCAAGGAGUUGUGCAAAUUUUUCAUUCCAUAACAGUCCAUUUACAUUAGAUUUUUAAAUAAAAUGGCUCUGGGUAACAAGAUGUCAUUCUCUAUAUGGCACUUUAAAAGAAGAAAAGACAUGCUUUUCAUUCUAAAAUAUACCUUAUAAUUGGGCAGUUCCAUUUGUAUUUUUGCAUAUUUUUUAAAGUACUUUAAAAGAAAAAAAGCGAUUUCUCUUUGAAAAUGUGAUAGCCUGGUACCACAUUGUGUUGCCUUCUCCAAACACUGUAAGUUAAAUACAUGAAAUUGGACAAGAGAAACAUGUUCAGUGUGUGGAAUGAAAAAAUAUAUAUAUUUUUUGGAAAAGCAUGAUCGUGUUUGUCUAAACACAAGGUAUGGUAUAUACAGUUUGCAGUUCGGUGGGAAGAAUACUUUUCACAGCUCAAAGGUAACAAUGAUCACGUUCAUUCCAUAGGCAGCUUUAUGUGUGGCUACAACAGCUUAUUAUACUAGCUUUUUCUUUGUCUUUCCAUGAAUGAGAAAAUGAUUUUCCCUUUGCAGGUUGCACACAGUUUUUGUUUAUGCAUUUCCUUAAAAUUAAUUGUAGAAUCCAGGACACAAAAUCCAUUAGUAGGCAAUACAAUUUUAGAAUGUUAAUAUAUAGAGGUAUAUUUAGCCUCUUUUAGAUGUCAGUGAAAUGAAUGUCUUUUAUUUUAAAUUUUACAUUCAUUAAGGUGCCUCUUUUUUCUUGACUUUGUCCAUUAACAUUUAUUCAUAUGCCUUUGCAAUAACUAGAUUGUGAAAAGCUAACAAGUGUUGUAACAAUAAUCCAUUGUUUGAGGUGCUUGCAGUUGUCUUAAAAAUUAAAGUGUUUGGUUUUUUUCCAGACAUUGCCUUGGUCAUUGCCCUAUAUUUGAAGUGACAGGAUCAACAAACAUUUGCUUUCAGUGUCUUCCAAACUAAAAAGAAUACCAACAUUCCUGCUGCAGCAUAUGUAGUUGUAGAACAUGCAUUCAAGCUUAUUAUAAGGAAAUCAUUUAUUUUUUGAGAGCAGAAAGUAUUUAGGAAAGAUGAUAACAGUAUAGAUUCAUUACCUUCAACUUGUCAUCUUUUUUAUCCAUGUUUCAUCAAAAACAUACUAACUGCAUUUUAAACUUCUCAAAUUUUCCUUAACAGCAUUCACUCUGAGGGAACAAGAGAGACAAUCCUCUUAGGAACUGGCAUUAUAUCUUAUGUUGCUGUGAGGUAGAAUGAACCAUUCAUUGAUGAGAUCUUCAUGCUAAGUUUUUCUAGUGAGGCUCUAGGUUUCCAUGUAGAUUCUAUGACCAGUGAUGCUAUUAUGCACAAAUUGCACUGGAAACAUUUUUACAGGAGCCAGAGUACAUAUGUGUCCUCUGGGUAAGAAUUUUCUGGAAGGUUAGAGUAUACUUGAAUGAAAUUUGUCUAAUGCAGUUUUAGUUCAUGUUAGGAAGGAAACUAAUUUUAAGGUGUUAGCCUUAUGAUAAAAUAGCCUAAAUACUAACUUGUUUUCUAUGUAGAAACAGUUAUUCUAGAAGGAAUUACAUUUGUAUUAGGAACUAUAUGGUUUUAACAGAUUCUUGGUGGCUUGUUGAUAAAGAAUGCAUACAAGGCAAAGGAGAACCACUAGUUGUGCUAAAUAUUGUAGCCUGCUUAGUGAACUUCAUUGAAUAUCCUAUCUUUUUUCCUGUGGUCCAUGUGAAGUCUUCAUGGAAAGUUGCAAGCAGUGGAUCACAUAGGGGGAUUAUAGCCAGUUCAGAACCUGGCUGUCUGCACAUUGGCCAACAGUACUGCUCAAGGGCCAAGAACAAAUGGAUAUUAAGAACUUCAAAGGGGCAUAUACUUUUAGGUGAAAACUGAUGUACUACUUGCUUCUUCCUGUACUUGGACCAUACAUAACUUAUUAAUGGGAUAAAGUAUGGGAACUUUCCAUGGGCAUAGAGAAACUGUUUAUUUCUGUACAUUAUUUCCUAAAAUUUCAUAUUUUUUCUCUUUUUUAAAAUGAAAGUUUGGUAGAGGACAAUGUUUGAAGAAUGUGUGUGUCCAUCAAAGAGUCAAAGAAUUUAUUUACUGUUUCACAGUUUUACACAGAAGCUUAUGUAUAUAUUAGUUUUGUAGUAGGCCAAAGUAGGAAUAAAAAUGCUUUAGGUGGGGGCCUUCUAAAGAGAUGAAUAUUGAUAUUUCACAUGCCAGUUAACUUUGCUGUGUUUGAAACUAUCAAGAGGGACAGAUGAUGUAAACUCAUUUCUUCUCAAAUGUUUUUUUAGUCAUUAACAUAAGCAGCAUUUUGUUUGAAGAUCAAUGAUGGCAAAGUUGACCUUUGUUCUUAAAGCUCAUUAGGAUUGAACUCUAGAUAAGCUGUAUUGAUGCACCAUCGUCAGCUAAUUUUCAAAAGGAAAUGGAAAUUAAAAUCAUAAAACAUGACUUAAAUUA